UUUUUUUUUUAGAUUCCAUUUUUGACAUACACAUAUUUUUUUUUUUAUUAUUAUUUAAUGAACUCUAGUGAUUCACAUACAGGUAUUACUUCAAUCAAUGCAAAUCGGUCGCUAAACAACAUUUCAUUCUCACAUACAGAAAAUAUGAUACCAGCUUCAAAUAAUAGUACAAUACAUGAUUUGAGUAAUCAACAUCCAUCUUUUCAGAAUUUAAGUGAAGCAGAUAAACGAAUUUACGAGAAAAACAAUACUCGAUUAAUACAAUUAGAAUUAGAGUUACGUGAGUUAUCUACUUUCGGUGGAGCUUGUGAUGAACUUUUAGAAUGGUUAAAAGACAGUCGUGCGUAUAAUGUAUUUAAUGAAGCUGCUCUUCUAAAUUGUAUUGCAACAAUUGCGGAAAAGGCAGUUGAAUAUGGUCCAUGGUCCGGUAAAGAAGUAUUAAAACAAGCGAAUAGUAUGUGUCAAGGAUUAUCUGAGAGAGGGCAAAGUAAGUAAAUAAAAAAAAAUAGGGAAUAAAAGAUGUUGUCCUAAUCCUGUUGAUUAGAUACGAUAAAGAAAUACUACUCUGAUUUGUAUAAUGUUGUUUUUAAACG